AUGGGGUCGGCUGCAUCGAAGAAUACUGAAGAAGAAGAAGAGGACGAUUGUUCCAAUGGUGGAGGAGGAGGUCAGCUCUACGUUUCACUCAAAAUGGAGAACUCUAAGGUUCAAGGCGAGCUUACUCCUCAUAUCUACGGCUCUGUUCCUGUGAUCGGUUUAUUGUUUUCUUACCAGGUUUAUGAGCCUGUUGAAGAAGGUUCUUACAUCAAAAUGAUUGAUAUGGUCAGCGGUAAUGGUGGACAGAUACAAGUGAACAAUAUUAGUGGUUACCUUCCUGGAAGAAUUGUAUUUUUUUUGGUGAAUACACAUCUCACUCCACGACCAAUACUACUCACUCGGCAUGGAGAGAGUAUGGAUAAUGUUAGAGGCCGAACUGGGGGAGAUAGUGUUAUAAGAUCUAGGAGAAAAGACAAAUUGCGAUACAGAUACCCUCGUGGAGAGUCCUACCUUGAUGUAAUUCAACGGCCCGUCAAACCCACAAGAGAAUUGGAGUGA